AUGUACAACUCGCAGAGCCUACCCAGGCAACGGUUCCUGGUCCCAGUCCUGCCACCGGCAAUCCAGAAUGGAGCCGGGCCGUUGCCAUUUGGAAUGAUGCGUGCCUUACCUCAGCCUCCACAAGCGCCAUCUGAGCACGAGAUUCUGAGACUCAGGAAUGAUAUCGAUACGCUCUCCGAGCAGCUCACCGAGAUGCGCGCCCAGCUUUGCUCGGCUUGCCUGUCGGUCGAUUCGAGAUUAUCAACCGCCUUGCACACACCAUUUGAAGAAGAUGCUCAGCCUACACCGUCGCCGAGCAGGCUGCUGAUGUCCGCUGCCGCCAUGAAACCACUUCAGCAUAUGAACGUUACGUUGCCAAGGCGCGAACUGACCAUGCUGAACCCGUUGAUGUCGAUUCGCCCACCCUUCCCUCCACCGCCAAAACCUCAAAAGGUCUAUGCAGAAACGAGCUGUAGUGGUAGAAGCCAAGCGAGUACAAGCUCUAUCCCAAUUACAAUUCGUUGGAAUGCCGUCUGGACGAUCGGCGAAGAAUCGGCGGAUUCUGAAGAAAAUUUACUAGCCUUCUUGCAGAGAGCGUUUGGCGAGAGUGUUUGCUGGUUUGAAGCGCGUUCUCUUUUGCUAUUUGUGAAUCCAUACAACUGCAUAACGAUGCCGACGCGAACAUUCCGUGGAGAAAGCGGCUCCGGAAAGUCUUUCCUGGCCGAGCAGGCCAUUCUCGGCCUUGUCGAAAGGACCGCAAAACCGAAUUCUGUAAUUUUGGGAGCUAUUCAAUCCUCGAUUCUGCUUCUACAAGCCCUGAACUCGGUGACGACGCCGAUAAAUCCGAGGAGCAGCCGGAUGGUCCAUUGGUGGGAAGUUAACGUGAAAGACGGACGUCUUCAACGAGUUGUCCUACGCCAUUUUCUGUCGGAGGCAUCUUCUAAACGGUGUCAAGCCUCAAUUUUCACCACCAUUGCAUCCCAGAUGAGCUCCGCUGAGAAAGAAAAAUUCCGCAUCUCCGGCUUUCAACUCGGCUACGGUACUACCGCUAAUAUAAGCUUAACGGAUAUAAAGGCUGCUUUGAGCUCGCUAUGUCUACCAUUUGAGGAUGCUUUUCGAAUCUUGGCCGCCUGUGCGUUGCUGAAUAAUUUGAUGUUUUACGAGGCGGAGGAUGGGGUCGAUAUUGAGAAUAUUACUGAUAUGGAAGACGCUGCCUUCUUGCUCGGCUUAUCUGCCCUAUCCCUCUUCAAGCGUCUCAUCUCGAGAUCCGUGAUCGUCCACAAGGAGGAGGCGACCGGGAUGAAGACGUUAUCUAUCGCCCGCCUCGAGCGAGACCACCUCGUGGCCGCCCUCUACUCUAGAUUCGUGCAGACCGUAAUCCGACGCACGAAUGCCUUGCUCGAGAUCUCGAUAAAUAACGAGUCCGAGGACGGCAGUGUCAAUGAUGAUUCUGGAAUGGGUAGCGUAACAGAAAUCGGAUCAAGUCGAGUCGAUAUUAUCGAUAUUUGCGGGCUUACUGGUGUAAAUCAGCGCGGGACUCGCACUCUACACGAAUUAUGCGCAAAUAUGGCUGCUGAAAAGACGAGGCAUUUCUUUAUGAAAUUCGGCUUCUUCAACAUCGUAGACCAGGCCUGCGAUAAUUCGCGGGGUUCUAUGCAAAACGUGAUAGAAAUGGUCCAACAGCGAAAAAGCGAUUUCACCUUUAUUCACGUCUCUCCCGAGGAAAUCCUGGUACGGCAUUAUGAAGGCAGGGUCCCGAUUUCGUAUAACAUUACCAAGAUUGUGGAGAAUAAUCGGAAUACUAUAAGAAAGGAAAUGGCCUCGUGUCCUGAAAUGCCCCGCCGUCGACUGGACCAAACCUUCUCGCAGCAAUUCCUCAACAAAGUUGAUACACUCUUGAAAAAAUGUGCCUCUAGGCCUCAUCAAAUUGUGCAUUGCAUGAAGACCAACAACACCUGCGAUUUCUCAAAAUUUAACCCCGAGGUCGUGAGGCUCCAGAUGAAGCAGUGGCAAUUGCAGAAGGCCAUUUCAAACGUGGAGAUGGAGGAUAAAGAAAUUAUUCCGCCGCUCGAUUCAAAGACCAUUGGUAUCACCAAAUUACCACCAGAGCGCUCUUAUGCCAUAAGGAACAAUCGGAAACACUACUUUCCACAGCGCCGGACGAUGGUCGUGGAUUACCAAGAUAUGACUUCCGGAGUGUCACUGCGAGCCGGCGAUGUCGUGAAUACUUUAUCUUUUCACUCUGAGGACGCUUAUCUGAUAAUGACGGCCAAUGACGAGCGGGCGGCGGUCCCGUGCAGAUUCACCGAAAAAUCUAUACUUCCUGCAACUGUAUUUAAUGUA